AUGUUUCUGGGAAUUUUAGGAUCACUUAUCUUGACACUCAGGGCUGUUAGAGGAUCAUACCAGCAACCAGGCACAGGUUCAACUAGUCAAAUGGUGGUAUUAAAAAACGAUAUCAAUCCAAAGCCGGAAUGCUAUCAAAUAUAUCAAGGCCCCAUGCAAGCUCCAGUUUGCGCCACGUUUACGCAGCCAGUGGUAACAACCGGGAUAGUUCCUCAAAGGCCCGAGAAAUCGAGGCUAAGCCCAGACCUUGUAAGGCUAAUCCAAUCGAUUCCUGGUGCCUCGGAGAAGCUAUCUAGCUUCUUGGAGUACAAGGGAAUAACUCAGCCAUGGCCAGAGAUAUUUGAUUUCAGUUCAGACAAGCAUUAUGGUCUCCCUGCACCAGAGCCUAUGUUCUCCAAAAUACAGUCCUUACUCAAUGUACUUGAAGAUAUAAAAGAGCUUCUAUCGAAUGAGCUGUUCAAGGUCGAGACUUACAUCAGCAGAGGCAAAGGCCAUCUAUGCGAAAGUAUCAAGAAACUCAGGAGAUACGAUGGGAUCCUCAAAAAAUAUCUAAAGAAGAUAUCAUCUGCAAAAGCAGCUAAGUCUAAGCACAACUAUGCAACUAAGUAUACAGAGUUUAGCGAGAAGGCCCAUGAAGAAGCAAAGUCGUACUAUGAAACAAAGAAAUGGCUGCAGACAAUAGUAACAUUAUUUAGAUCUCUUAUUUGA